AUGAGCGGGAUGGACAUGCUCAACGCCGCCGAGCAGCGCGAGCUGCAGGGCCGCAUGGAGAGGAAGCAGAUGAAAGACUUCAUGAACAUGUACUCCAACCUCGUCCAACGUUGCUUCAACGACUGCAUCAGCGAUUUCACCUCGAAGAGCUUGGCCAGCAAGGAGGAGGGCUGUGUGAUGCGAUGCGUGGACAAGUUCCUCAAGAGCUCGGAGCGGUUAGGCGAGCGAUUCCAGGAGCAGAAUGCGGCGAUGGCACAGCAAGGCGGCAUGGGAGGAUUGGGACGAUAG